GAGAAGAGGCACAUUCCCCUCUCCGCUCUCUGAGAUUUCUGUUGCUUCCCUGCCCAUCUGUGCUCCCAGCAGCACCAGCAAAGUUGGCCUCAAACUUGAACGAAGCUGCAGGCUCCAGCAUCUUUCUGGGAGCGCCUCGGGGCAGCAGGCAGGCCGCAGCCUCUGAACUCAGCUGGCUUUGAGAAGCCCAGCCCAACCCUUCCAGCACCCAGCCCGCCCUCCGUCGCCUGAGGGACGCCUCUGCCCCCGACCUGGAGGCCCUCAGUCAGGGCUGGGCAAUGGUGCACUGAGGUCCCUCCAGAGUCCCUUGUCCCAGCCUGGAGCUGCAGCCGUGCAAGGCCCAGGCCCACAUGGCCAAUCCUGUGCAGCCCGAGCUUCCUUCAGCACAGGAGCCAGGCUCCACCGCAGCCCUGGACCUGCCGGAGAUGGAGAAACUCCUCACCAAGGCACAGGACAAGGAAGACAAGCCCCUCAAUCUGUCCAAGACCCUCGCAGGGCCUCUGGAUCUGGAGCAGAAUGGCCACGGCCUGCCCUUCAAGGCCAUCUCCGAGGGGCACCUGGAGGCCCCACUGCCUCGGUCCCCCUCGCGGGCCAGCUCAAGGAGGGCGUCCUCCAUCGCCACCACCUCCUAUGCCCAAGACCAAGAAGCCCCCAGAGAUUACCUCAUCCUGGCCAUCGUCUCCUGCUUCUGCCCCGUCUGGCCCCUCAACCUCAUCCCCCUCAUCAUUUCCAUCAUGUCUCGAAGUAGCAUGCAACAGGGCAACGUGGACGGCGCCCGGAGGCUGGGCCGCCUGGCUCGGCUGCUCAGCAUCACCCUCAUCAUCAUGGGCAUUGUCAUCAUCACGGUGGCCGUGACCGUCAACUUCACAGCCAGGGCCCCGAGGGCAGAGGUGGAGCUGUGCUCAGCACAGGCCCGGGACACCCCUGCCACCCGCCGCAGGACCUGUGGGGGUGCAGCUCCCGGGAAGGAAGCAACCGCCUCACUUGACAUCCUCUGCUGCAAGGUGAUGGUGCCGAGAGGCAGGCGUGUCUGUGAAGACAGGUGCCGGGACUGUGUGACCCGCAUGCCUCUUCCCAAACCUGUCAGCUUCGGAAGCAUCUCUAGAGGACUCUGGUCCCAGGAUGUCUCCCAGGACAAGCCAGUCUGCCUGUUCCUCCUAUUUCUGCUGUAG